AUGAUCUCCACCACUAUCUGGUACCUGCAAACACACCAUCAGAGGACACCAUCAGAGGAGAGACACCAUCAGAGGAGAGACACCAUCAGAGGACACCAUCAGAGGAGAGACACCAUCAGAGGAGAGACACCAUCAGAGGAGAGACACCAUCAGAGGAGAGACACCAUCAGAGGACAGACACCAUCAGAGGAGAGACACCAUCAGAGGAGAGACACCAUCAGAGGACAGACACCAUCAGAGGACAACAUCAGAGGACACCAUCAGAGGAGAGACACCAUCAGAGGACACCAUCAGAGGAGAGACACCAUCAGAGGACACCAUCAGAGGACGCCAUCACAGGACACCAUCAGAGGAGAGACACCAUCAGAGGAGAGACACCAUCAGAGGACACCAUCAGAGGACAGACACCAUCAGAGGACAGACACCAUCAGAGGACACCAUCAGAGGACACCAUCAGAGGAGAGACACCAUCAGAGGAGAGACACCAUCAGAGGACACCAUCAGAGGAGAGACACCAUCAGAGGACACCAUCAGAGGACACCAUCAGAGGACACCAUCAGAGGAGAGACACCAUCAGAGGACACCAUCAGAGGACAGACAUCAUCAGAGGACACCAUCAGAGGAGAGACACCAUCAGAGGAGAGACACCAUCAGAGGACACCAUCAGAGGACACCAUCAGAGGAGAGACACCAUCAGAGGACAGACACCAUCAGAGGACACCAUCAGAGGAGAGACACCAUCAGAGGAGAGACACCAUCAGAGGACACCAUCAGAGGAGAGACACCCUCAGAGGACACCAUCAGAGGAGAGACACCAUCAGAGGACACCAUCAGAGGAGAGACACCAUCAGAGGACACCAUCAGAGGAGAGACACCAUCAGAGGACAGACACCCUCAGAGGAGGGACACCAUCAAGAGGACACCAUCAGAGGAGAGACACCAUCAGAGGACACCAUCAGAGGACACCAUCAGAGGAGAGACACCCUCAGAGGACACCCUCAGAGGACACCAUCAGAGGACACCAUCAGAGGACACCAUCAGAGGAGAGACACCAUCAGAGGACACCAUCAGAGGAGAGACACCAUCAGAGGAGGACACCAUCAGAGGAGACACCAUCAGAGGAGAGACACCAUCAGAGGAGAGACACCCUCAGAGGAGAGACACCAUCAGAGGAGAGACACCAUCAGAGGAGAGACACACCUCAGAGAGGAGAGACACCAUCAGAGGAGAGACACCAUCAGAGGAGAGACACCAUCAGAGGACACCAUCAGAGGAGAGACACCAUCAGAGGACACCAUCAGAGGAGAGACACCAUCAGAGGAGAGACACCAUCAGAGGAGGACACCAUCAGAGAACACCAUCAGAGGACACCAUCAGAGGAGAGACACAUCAGAGGAGAGACACCCCAUCAGAGGACACCAUCAGAGGAGAGACACCAUCAGAGGACAGACACCAUCAGAGGACACCAUCAGAGGGAGAGACACCAUCAGAGGACACCAUCAGAGGAGAGACACCAUCACAGGACACCAUCAGAGGGAGAGACACCAUCAGAGGAGAGACACCAUCAGAGGACACCAUCAGAGGACAGACACCAUCAGAGGACACCAUCAGAGGACACCAUCAGAGGACACCAUCAGAGGAGAGACACCAUCAGAGGAGAGACACCAUCAGAGGACACCAUCAGAGGAGAGACCAUCAGAGAGAGACACCAUCAGAGGAGAGACACAUCAGAGGACACCAUCAAGAGGAGAGACACCAUCAGAGGACACCAUCAGAGAGAGACACCAUCAGAGAGACACCCAUCAGAGGACACCAUCAGAGAACACCAUCAGAGGACACCAUCAGAGGAGAGACACCCUCAGAGGACACCAUCAGAGGAGAGACACCAUCAGAGGACACCAUCAGAGAGAGACACCAUCAGAGGAGAGACACCAUCAGAGGAGAGACACCAUCAGAGGACACCAUCAGAGGGAGAGACACCAUCAGAGGAGAGGACACCAUCAGAGGACACCAUCAGAGAGAGACACCAUCAGAGGACACCAUCAGAGGAGAGACCAUCAGAGGAGAGACCAUCAGGAGGACACCAUCAGAGGAGAGACACCAUCAGAGGACACCAUCAGAGGACAGGACACCAUCAGAUGGGACACCAUCAGAGGACACCCAUCAGAGGAGAGACACCAUCAGAGGACAGACCAUCAGAGGACACCAUCAGAGGAGAGACACCAUCAGAGGAGAGACACCAUCAGAGGAGGACACCAUCAGUGGAGAGAGGACACCAUCAGAGGACAGACACCAUCAGAGGACACCAUCAGAGGAGAGACACCAUCAGAGGACACCAUCAGAGGAGGACACCAUCAGAGGAGGACACCAUCAGAGGACACCAUCAGAGGACACAUCAGAGGACACCAUCAGAGGACAUCAGAGGAGAGACACCAUCAGAGGAAUAUAGAGCAUCAGAGGAGAGACACCAUCAGAGGACACCAUCAGAGGAGAGACACUUUAAAAUAA